CACCAAUGGAACAGUGCUUGACUCGGUAGCCUCCCCUGCCGCCAUAGUGUUUUGUUACGGGGUAAAGGCAUUCAUGACUCUGGCGGGUUCCUUUGACGCUCUGACAGAACGGAGCCGUCUCCAAGAGGCUGGUAGUGGCCCAGAAUGCGGCCAUAGUUGGUCGCCCCAGAUGGUUGCCCCAGGCCGAUGGUGAGACAGAGUUUUGGGGGUUAGCUCCAGUCCUGUUCAAGAUCGUCCUCAGAUCUAGGGCACUGUACCAUGUACACCUCCCGCACGACAAGAAAAAAGCACAGGUACCUGUUGCCAGCGGGUACAUGCCAGGGGGAACCGCUUCAUCUCCAUCUUUGGAGAUGGCGGAGAUGGGGAGGCUCAUCGGACGGCACCAAAGUACUCUGCCGUAGUCAGAUGACUGUCAAGCUUCUCCAAAGGCUCCGGCCAUUGGGUAAGACACUGUCCAGACUUGCCUGGUUGGGUAGAAUGGCUGCCUUAGACUCCAUCUCUCCAUCUCUCACCUCUUUCGGGUGGCCGGGAAGCCCUCGUGGUGAAUGGCUCCAUCCACCCCCGGAAUCUGAUCUCCAACUCAGAAUGGCGGCGACUUACACACUACCAGCGCGUGUCUCCGGCGCUCACCCGCACACUAUCUGCCGCCCUGCACAGCAGUCGUGGUCUCUGGGGAGGGUUUCGGCCAGUCUCUUGCUGCACAUUCCGCUAUACCUUGGUUCGUUUCAAGGGUCCGAUGCGAGAUGCACCUCGUGGCCCUCUCCAGUCUCGUCUUCAUUUCUCACAGUCCCCGUCCCCUGGGCGAUGGCUUGAUUGGAUGCGUACCCCGUGGCAACGUUCGACUUCCAUCCAGAUUGUUGAGGAUCCACAUCCCAUACGCCUUUGUCACAACCCCAUCUUCCCUUCAGCCC